UAUAACCAUGGGGUCAAAUCGGACUGACGCGUCUCCUUGACAACCGACGUCACACACUGCUUUAAUCUGAUGUGUGAAAAUGGCGGAGGCUGCCGCGCGACACCGCUUCUUCUGUCACUGCUGUAAAGGUGAAAUCGAUCCAAAACUGCCGGAGUUUGUAUGUCCAAGAUGUGAAUCUGACUUCAUUGAAGAGGUGUUAGAGAAUUCCAGUCUUUUACAAAGCACUGAUGGCACGGAUGCAGCAGAUGUAGACAGUGAUGAAAUGAACUCACAGUUUGCAGAGCUGUGCCAGCUGUUGUUCAUGGAACAUUCAGCCCUCCUUUCUGACCCCACGGUCACAGAUGCCCUCCCCAGCCGCUCUGGGGUCGAGGCUACAGUUGGUGAUCCUGCUCCUGGGACACUGGGACCUGUAGCCUCCGUGGAGACUUUAAGAGACUGCACUGAGCCGACACAACUCCCUCAAGAAAACAGCCAACAGAGAAACUCUAGACUGGAUCAGGAACAGGCUGUGGAGGGGAUUGUCCAGCAGUUCCUGGCUGGUCUUUUUACCAAUGAUGAAAGCACAGAUUCCCAAACAUCUUCAUGGUCAAGCAUGUUACACUCUAACCCUGGAGAUUAUGCUUGGGGACAAGGUGGUCUAGAUGUGGUCAUUACACAGUUGCUCGGCCAGUCUGAAUGUAGCGGUCCCCCUCCUGCUGAGAAAGAGAUGAUCUCAUCUCUUCCCACCAUUAGCAUCUCCACAGAACAGGCUGCAUGCCGACUGGAAUGCCCUGUGUGUAGAGAGGCAUAUUCUGCAGGGGAAUCUGUCCUGCAGCUGCCCUGUCUGCACUGCUAUCACACCAACUGCAUUGUGCCUUGGCUACAACUGCACGACACCUGUCCUGUCUGUCGCAAAAGUCUGGAUGGUGAAGACCGCGGUUUCCAGCCUCCAUCUACACCUUCAGGUCCAGUUCCCUCAUCAUCACCGAACACAGAGGAACAAAGCACAUUUGAAACUCUUUAGCAGCUGUUAUUCUGAUCAAUCCAGGAUAAAAAGCAGCACAAACCGUCAAGCCAUGUGCACUAUUGCUUCCCGGAGCCCCCAAAGACCUACCUGUGAGGUGCCGCUUAUUUUGAAAGACAUUUUAAUAGAGACAAUAUCAAUAUCUGAA